UCUCCUCUUCUUCCCUCUCCUCGCACCACCAAGCUAACCUCUGAUCAGCAUUUUGCUCCAAAGUCACCUACACAAACAUAACAUGGUGGCAUCAGUGGCCUGCUCCUUCUUCUUCGAUGACGAGCUGCUCGGCGAGCCCGGCAUGCCGGCGCUGGACGCGUGCGCGCUCUGCGCCAAGCCUUUGGCGCACGACCGCGACGUCUUCAUGUACAGAGGGGACACGCCCUACUGCAGCGAGGAGUGCCGCCACGAGCAGAUGCACCUCGACGCCGUCUGCGCCAAGCAGGCCGCUCGGAGGCAGCAGCGGUUCUCGGCGGGGACGGAGUCCCACCGUGGGCAGCGGCAGUCCAGGAAGGUGUCCGUCGCGAGCUAAGCGGCCGGCCUGGCCGGAGCACGUGGCCGAGGAAAGUUUUGUUCGAAUGGACAAGGUCUGAAUUCUGAAGAAAGCAACAUCUGUAUUCUGAAGAACAGUCGAUACUUUCUGGUUGGGCCAGCGUCUCUCAAGCCGGUGCUCUUGCCUGAACUGGAGGAGCUAUCAGGUGCGCCUUGGCGCCGCCUACCGGAGGCAGAGCACGGCAGCAUCAGGUGGUUGGUGCCUGUAGCUUCCCAAAUGUGUCCAUGGCAAGCUGGUUAAGCUGCCCGGAUGGGAGGAAAUUGUACUUGGUUCUCGGUCGGCCUGUGCUGCGCUGUGCCGAUGAAUUUUUUUGUUAGUAACGAAUUCAGAAAAAAAAAUGGAUCUGAAGAUAGCAAUCAAACAUCAUUCACAUUUGUUUAACUUCAGUUGGGGUAGCUCGUCUGCUCCAUCUCUUAUUUUGUUCCCCUUGAUGACUGACACUGUGCUAGAGCACUGUCGCUGUAAAUAAUUCAAGGCAAUCGAUAUAGAAGAUUUUUCUUUUAUGAA